GUUAUUAAAAAGAAAAAGUAAAUUAACCUAUAAAAAUUGUCCAUGUGCUUUAUGCUAAGCUACUGAGCUUAGAAAUUUGCGUAUUCAUUUGUUUAAAAAUCUCAAUUCUACUUAAAUCAAAAUGCAAGAAUCUACAAUUCCUCAUAAACGCAAGAAAAAACGUUCUUUUGUGCAAAGUGUAAAAAAGAAGUUUAAAAGUGGAAGCUCAACUGCUCAUGGAUCUUAUUUGGACCAAGAUACUCAUGAAUAUUUUCUCAGAGUUUUUGAACAAUCGAGACAAACAUUCGAAAAUGAUGAGGAGAAACGUAUAUUUGUGGAAAACGUUUUUGCCCAAACUUUUCAGCACGAAGUUGAGUACUCCAAAAACCAAUUAGUGUCUCGUGUUCUUGAGGAUCUUCUUCCUCUCACCGGAUCUGAAACAUUUGAACGUUUCACUGCCGCAUUUACUGACCAUUUACGAGCUGCAUGUGUGCAUAGCUAUGCAAGCCAUGUAGUUGAGAAGAUGGUCUCUGUUUCUACUAUUAGAGUGCAUGAUCUAGCAAAAGAGUCCCCAUCCACUUACCAAAACUCAGCCAGCUUUGCAUUUGUCAUGAAGGUUUCGAAGUUUUUGGCCAACAAUCUUGACGAGUUUGUCUCUGACAACUAUGCUAACCAUGUCACAAGAGCUACCAUAUCUUGUCUUGCCAAUAUACUUCCCGAAAAACAGCGAGAGAAAGGCAAAAAUUCGAAAAUCAUGUUUGAGGUCAAUUCAACUGAGAAAGGUUUGAACUUGGAGAAAAUGAACAAAAGUAGUACGUUUGAUCCUCCGGAGUUCGUUGAAGUAUUGGAAGAUAUAGCCAAUAGGAUUCUCAAUUCUCCAAGUUUUGUAGAUUUUCCUAGUGAUUCAAUGCUGUCGGCCCUACUCCAAAAUAUUAUGUUAUCCCUACACGCUGUUGGAAAGGAAAAUACAGUCAAUAGUAUUUUUAAUAAACUACUACAGACAACUUACGUUUGCGAUCCAAACUGCAGUGAACUGCCUGAGGUGCUUACAAGUCCGUCACAUUUGUUCCUUUUGGAAACCGUUUUGGGUCUGAGUGAUGAGAAACUAUUUACGAAAAUCUACGAGCAAUGCUUCAAAGGCCGACUAGCAAUGCUAGCUAAAGGACGUUUCUCAUGCUUCACGUUCGCAAAACUGGUGCAGCGAUGUGAUGACAAAGAAAAAUUCCUUUCGAUGUAUGUGGAGAUCACUGAGGGCGACUCUCUUGGUGAAAUCGCCCAUUCGCCAGCGUAUCUAAUUCUUGCGACGGUCGCCAAUGCCUGUCGUCGACUGAAAACGAAACAGAAAACGUUUAUCAAAGAUAUUUCGAAGGCGUUGAAUGUUGAUUCCAGCGCUCUUCUACCUGCACUGCUGAACUAUGAGGUGAAAUCCGUAACACCUAUUCAUGACAAAAAGCGAACUUACAGCUUUGCCGGCUGUGUCAUUCUCCAGGAACUUCUCAGGUUUGAAAAACGUUCCAAGAUUGUAAAGGGCUUAUUCGCUUUGGAGAAUGAUGAGUUGGUGAGGAUAUUCAGUGAUCCAAAGGGAAGUUACAUCGCUGAAUCAUUCUUUUCUGUUGGUAUUUGCACUGAUGAACAAUUGGAAAUUAUGAUCAAUAAAUUACAGGGUUCAUUCGCUAAACUUGCUACAUCAAGACAUGGAUCAUUUGCUCUAACAGCGUUAUGGGAUAGGUGCCCCCCAGUAACAUUAAAAACCAAAGUGAUCGAGGAAUUGGCUAUUACACCUUUGAGCAGAAUUGGCGGAGUGGUUGCCACUAAAAUUGAUCUCAGAGGCUAUCAAAUUAAUCCCAAACAAUGGACACAAAACCAGAUGAAGGUUGCGGAGGGACUAGAAAAGAAACUUCAGAUUUCAAAGAAUUCUAUAUUGAAUGUAUAACUAUUCACAUUAAAUGGAUCAAAGCUGAAAUUUCUUCUUUUGGGAUCUCAAUCAAAAAUAAAUUUCUAAUAAAAUACAAAAACAGGCUCCAUGGAGGGGUGUGCUGAAAAGAAAGAAAGGAGGAAAAAUACCCAGCAAACUAUGGUUUCCCAUAUAAUAGGCAGGUAGAGGGUAUAAAAGAAAGGAAUGAAGGGUGAAGAGGAGCGGAAAAGGGAAGAAUUUGAAAAGAAGGUAGGAAAAAAGAGAAAAAAUAUUAGCGAAAUUUGUAAGCGAGUCCACUUUCAACAAAAGUAUCUAAAAGAAAUGGUCUUGCAAACAGUAGUUAGAGCAGAAAU